AUGGCGCUCAACUCCGUCGGAACUGCCACCUUCGGCCUCUCAAAGGACCUUACCGUUCCUGUCUCGGUGAAAAUAUGCUAUCUUCAAAAUGGCCCAAAACAAGUUCGUCUCGCUACUCUGUCAGAAAAAUACUCCGAGCCGUCAGUGUUUCGCAAACUAUCCAACGUCAACGCCACUUCCGAAUUCUAUGUUCAAGUCCAGAUAUACCAAGAAAACAACCCCAUUUCAAAUCCUGUUCAAACCUCAUACCAACCGUUCACCGCCAAUCGACGGCUAUGGAACCAGUGGCUCCAACUUCCAAUCUACUUUAACCAGCUAUCAUUGUCCGCCUACAUCGUGCUCGCCAUAUAUGAGAUUUGUGACACAUCGCCGUCGUUGGUGGGCGUAGGAACUUUGCCUAUGUUCAACACCUCCGAGUGCACACUCAACAAAGGAACUCAAAAAGUAGCUAUUCGUGCUAGGGGUUUGCCCGGUAGUUUUGAAGGCUGCUGUGAGUUGUCUUCUUCGGAGAGUAACCUUAUAAAGUACGAAAAUGGCGACUAUAAGCUGGUUCCUUGGCUCGACAAGAUGGUGGGUCCGGCGCUCAUGGCGAUGCAAAACAACACGCAAAAGCUUGAAACCGACGCAGAUGUGUUGUUCAACCUCUACAUUGAGCUUCCUCGCUUCGAUUUGCCCAUAGUGUACUCAGAUAUAACCUAUGAUGUUCCGUCGGCUGCAUCCGAAGCUCGCCGGUUUCAGCCGUCUCUUCCUCCCGAUUCCACCAACGUCACCAUCAAUUCCAUCGACAUAUCCAUCCCCGAAUCUGCAAAUGGCAUGAAGAUCUACGACCCCGACUUUCAGCUCGAAGCACUCACCAUAGAUUCCGACUUUAGCAUCCCAGACCCAAUCGAACAAAAGUACCAAAAAUUGGAAAGAAACAUCAACAACACCAUCUUGGACAAAGACCUCAAGCCGUCUCCAGAAAUCCGCGACGAAUUGUUGCGUAUACUUCAAAAACCAUCCAAUAUCGAAAUGACAGAAAUGGAAAAAAUGCUCGUGUGGAAGUUCCGAUACUACUAUUCCAAGAACAAUAUCACCAGCCAAGACCAGACCCAAGGCACAAAGUCUUCCAGGAGCAGAAAGCUGUUUUUAAUCAAGUUUUUGAAAGCAGUGAACUGGUCAAAUGAACUGGAACUAGACCAAACCUUCAACGAAUUCGUACCCAAUUACUGGUCCGUCAACGAUAUCGACGUGGGAGAUGCCUUGGAAUUGCUCAGCAACCAGUUCAAUCCUCUUGCUUUGGGUGCUACGGUAUCUGAUACAGACGACAAGCAUAGCGAUCUUUCUGCCAAAAUUUUCAAGUAUACCACUUUUUUGCGUCGAUUUGCUGUGAGCAGACUUCGUUUGGCAAGCGCAGAUGAGUUGUUGCUUUACCUUUUGCAAUUGGUUCAGGCCUUGAAGUACGAGCUAGUCGAAAAAGAUCCUUUGAAAUCAUUCGAUCUGGACGACUUUCAAACCACAGACUUGGGCUCCUCACCGCUUGCAACGUUCUUAAUCGAGAGGGCAGUCGAGAAUGAAACUUUGGGAAACUUUUUCUACUGGUUCGUCAAAGUUGAGCAUGAAGACCAACUAGGAAGAAGAAGCGACGAGAACCGAACUAAUAUCUACACCAUAGUACUCAACAGGUAUAUCGAUAACCUUAAAAAGUACUCACAGGUCAAGAAGACUCGCGGAUACAGUAAUCUCAAAAGACAGAUUUGGUUCAUCAAAAAACUAACUAACUUGGUGGAGCUUCUAAGAUCAACUUUCAAAAGAAAUGAAGCCACUGCAAAAAAAGCUCAAUUUCUUCGAGACUACUUGUCGGAACCAUCAAACGAGCUCAAAAAGUUUCUGCAUCCAUUUCCGCUUCCCUUGGACCCUUCCGUGGUUAUCUGUGGAUGCUAUCCUGAGGAGUCUUCAGUCUUUAAAAGUUCGCUUGCUCCUCUCAAAUUGACGUUUAAAACAAUCACCAAUUACCAUGAAAACUCGACAUCUUCCUCACAAAUCUUCGGAAAGAAUUAUAAGCACGGCAAGUACCUGCUCAUGUUCAAAAUUGGUGACGAUUUGCGUCAAGAUCAACUAGUGAUCCAGAUCAUGAACCUUAUGGACCAGCUUUUAAAAAAUGAAAAUCUUGACCUACGUUUGACACCAUACAAGAUUUUGGCCACAAGCCCCAUAGCAGGGUUGAUUCAGUUUGUUCCUAACCAAACCCUUGAUUCUGUUUUGGCGGUUGGUGGUCCAGAAAAUGGCAUUCUUCAUUAUUUGCGGGCAGCACAGGCAGAUGCGACAACUGCUCGUCCGCUUCCAGGUAGCAGUGUUCAUGCGGUAACGUCCGACAUGGGAGUGCCGGCACUGGUAAUGGAUAACUAUGUGCGGUCUUGCGCUGGAUACUGUGUCAUAACCUACCUUUUGGGAGUUGGAGAUAGACAUUUAGACAAUCUUCUUCUUUCGCCAAAUGGAAAAUUCUGGCACGCCGACUUUGGUUACAUUCUAGGCAGAGACCCCAAGCCGUUCCCACCGUUGAUGAAGCUUCCGAUCCAGGUCAUCGAGGGUAUGGGAGGUCGAGAGCAUGAAAACUUUCACAUCUUUCAGAAUUACUGUUUCAUCACCUAUACUACUUUGAGGAAAAGUAGCAAUUUGAUCUUGAAUUUGUUUCAGUUGAUGUUGGAUGCGAAUAUUCCCGACAUUCGUAUCGAUCCACUGCGGGCAGUCGAAAAGGUUCAAGAGAAGUUUUGCUUGGAUAUGAGCGAAGAGGAGGCCAUUCUUCAUUUCCAAAACUUGAUCAAUGAUAGCGUUAAUGCCUUCUUGCCAGUUGUUAUUGACCGGUUGCACAGUUUGGCACAAUACUGGAGAGCUUAG